AUGCCACGCCCUUUCUUCCACAAGCUGAUUUUCUCUUCCACUAUCCAAGAAAAGCGUCUGAGAGUCCCAGAUAAGUUUGUGAGUAAAUUCAAGGAUGAGCUUUCGGUUGCUGUUGCACUCACAGUACCUGAUGGUCAUGUUUGGCGUGUAGGACUGAAGAAAGCUGAGAACAAAAUUUGGUUUCAAGAUGGUUGGCAAGAGUUUGUUGACCGUUACUCUAUUCGCAUUGGUUACCUUUUGAUUUUUAGAUACGAAGGAAAUUCUGCCUUUAGCGUCUACAUUUUCAAUUUAUCCCACUCCGAGAUCAAUUACCAUUCCACUGGUCUCAUGGAUUCCGCACACAACCACUUCAAACGCGCCCGUUUGUUUGAAGACCUUGAAGACGAAGAUGCCGAAGUCGUCUAUCCUUCUUCAGUGUACCCAUCAACGCUUCCUGAUUCUACUGUACCCGCCAAUAAAGGGUAUGCUGGUUCAGCCAUCCAAUUGUUCACUGGAUCUGUUAAAGAGGCAACACCAACCCCAAAAGUUGCAAAAAAGAGAGGGAGGAAGAAGAAAAAUGCUGAUCCUGAGGAAAUAAAUUCAUCUGCUCCACGUGAUGAUGACCCAGAGAACCGUUCAAAGUUCUACGAGAGUGCUUCUGCAAGAAAGAGAACCGUGACUGCAGAAGAGAGAGAGAGAGCCAUCAAUGCAGCCAAAACGUUCGAGCCAACAAACCCUUUCUUCAGAGUCGUUCUGCGACCAUCUUAUCUAUACAGAGGUUGCAUUAUGUACCUGCCUUCUGGAUUUGCUGAGAAGUACUUAAGUGGGAUCUCCGGCUUCAUCAAGGUCCAGCUCGCGGAAAAACAAUGGCCCGUGCGAUGCCUCUACAAAGCCGGGAGAGCUAAAUUCAGUCAAGGAUGGUACGAGUUCACUCUAGAGAACAACCUAGGAGAAGGAGAUGUCUGCGUGUUCGAGUUGCUCAGAACCAGAGAUUUCGUUCUGAAAGUGACCGCCUUUCGAGUCAACGAGUACGUCUGA